AUGGUAUUUUUCAGAUUAUUCGGGCGAUUCUGUGCCCGAUGUCAUGGAGCGUUGGCAUCGCGUGAUUUGGUGUUCCGCUGUCAACAUGCCACGUAUCAUCAGCAAUGCUUUUCAUGCUUUUAUUGUCAUGUACAGUUUAAAAAGGGAGACGAAUAUUUGAUCGUUGAAGGAGAAAUCGUCUGCCGAAAAGAUUACCACAUGCUGCUGCAGAAUCACAUUCAUACAAGUAUUGAUUUCAGUCAUAUAAACAUGAAAAGCUGCAAAUCUUAUCAACCAUUGAUUUAUGUAUUACUUAUUCAUAAAUUGUCAGCUUGGGGAUUGGUAAAUCGAGGGGAUGGAAUGGAUCGUAGAGAUUUUCAUCAUUCAGUGACCGGUGCUCCAGUUCUUUUCGACUUCGAGUCAUCAGAAUCAAGUCGAAAGACGCCAAAGCGACCGCGAACGAUUCUCAAUGCCACCCAACGAAAGCAGUUCAAGGCAGCCUUCGAGAAAAGUGCAAAACCAUGCAGAAAGAUCCGGGAACAACUUGCCAAGGAGACUGGGUUGAGCGUACGAGUGGUCCAGGUAUGGUUCCAAAACCAGCGUGCAAAGAUGAAGAAAAUGCAAAGAAAAGAAGAGAGUAAGCGCGGCUCGAGUGCACUUGACUCUGAGGGUAAAAGUAUCGAAGGCGAGAAGAGCUCCGAUGAAGAAAAUUGCUCUGAUUGCGAUGAUCUGGACAUGGAUCAAGCGGAAAAGUCGUAUCCAGAAAAUCCCAUUGAGAAACUCUAUCACAUGCAGAGCACGUACUUUCAAUUUACGUGA